AAAAGGAGCUGUACGUGAUGGCAGACGAAGUCGAAAAUCCUUUGUUAGUCAACGCCGUCGACGGUGCCGUUGAAUUCAAAGGCCUUCCUGUUUCGAAAACCAACCAUGGCGGUUGGAGAUCAGCAGCUUUCAUCAUAGGUGUUGAGGUUGCGGAGAGGUUCGCCUACUACGGCAUUAGUUCAAACCUGGUAACCUAUCUCACCGGGCCGCUUGGUCAGUCAACAGCGGCGGCAGCGGCCAACGUCAAUGCUUGGACCGGAACGGCGUCGUUGCUCCCUCUAUUGGGAGCUUUCGUUGCCGAUUCUUAUCUUGACCGCUACCGCACCAUUGCUCUCGCUUCUCUGCUUUAUAUUUUGGGAUUGGGUUUGCUGUCUCUUUCAGCUGUUCUGCCUUCUCUGAUUGGUUUCAGCUGCCAAACCAACGACCACAUUUCAUGUUCUCCUCCUCAGCUCCAAGUGAUAUUGUUCUUCUUUUCACUGUAUUUAGUGGGAGCUGCUCAAGGGGGACACAAACCUUGCGCACAAGCUUUUGGAGCCGAUCAAUUUGAUGGGGAAGAUCUAGAGGAGUGUAAAGCUAGAAGCUCAUUCUUUAAUUGGUGGUAUUUUGGUGUAUGCGUGGGUGGUACAAUAGCAAUUUUCAUUGUGAGUUAUGUGCAAGACAAUCUGAGUUGGGCACUGGGAUUUGGAAUUCCUUGUGUUGCUAUGGUCAUUGCAUUAGUUGUUUUCUUGCUUGGAACAACAACUUAUAGGUAUUGCAUUACACUGAAUGAGAAAGGUCCAUUUGCUAGGAUUGGUAGUGUCUUUGUUGCUGCAUUUAGGAACUGGCGAACAGUUUCACCAACUAUAUCAUCACUUGAAGUGGAAUCUCAUGAAUUCCUGCAUCACCAAAGAUCUGAACAGUUCAAAUUUCUCAACAAAGCCUUGUUUACACCAAAUCAUCUGAAGAACAAUGAUAGUGUUUGUAGCGUAACUGAGGUUGAAGAAGCCAAGGCUGUACUUGCUCUCUUUCCAAUAUGGGUGCCAUGCUUGGUAUAUGGUAUUGUGCUUGCUCAGUCCCCAACUUUCUUUACCAAGCAAGGGGCCACCAUGGAUAGAACAGUUGUCUCAGGCUUUAAAAUACCAGCUGCUUCACUUCAAUGCUUGAUAAGCCUUGCCACUGUUAUCAUCAUUCCCAUCUACGAUAGCUCUUUCGUUCCAAUUGCAAGAGCUUUUACACGAAAACCAGCAGGCAUCACAGUCCUACAAAGAAUAGGUACUGGAAUUUUCUUAUCUGCUACCUCCAUGGUAGUUGCAGCUCUUGUGGAGAUUCAAAGACUCAAUAUUGCUCUAAAAUAUGAUCUAGUCAAUAAGCCGAGUGCGACAAUUCCAAUGAGCAUUUGGUGGUUGGUUCCUCAGUACCUCCUUUCUGGAAUAGCCGAUUGUUUUGCUUUGAUCGGUAUGCAAGAGUUCUUCUAUGAUCAAGUCCCAACAGAGCUAAGAAGCAUAGGCCUUGCUCUUUAUCUUAGUGUGGUUGGUGUUGGGAGUUUCUUAAGCAGCUUUCUUGUCUCUGUCAUUGAGAAUGCAACUGAUGGCGAUGGCCGAGAUAGUUGGUUUUCUAAUAACCUAAACCGUGCUCAUCUUGAUUACUUUUAUUGGCUACUCGCUACUCUCUGUGCAUUUGGAUUUGCUGCCUACUUGCAUUUUGCAAGAUCUUACAUCUAUAAAAGAAGGGGUGCAAUAUAAUUCUUUACUCCAUGGUUGCACUGUAUAAUAAUUUGAAAGCAAUAGGCUAUGGAAGUUUACAUUUGCAUACUCCUAAAUCAAUAUCUCCUUUCUUAGUA